AUGCCGUCAAUGCUGGUACUCCGGGAGGCUCAAGCAGGAGGAACACAAGUUUCAGCCCAGACGGCGACCUCUCCCGUGUCCCCGCCCGCCGAAGUUCGCUCCUGGAGAAACCCGCUGGCGCCCUCAGAGCGCAGGGGAGGAUCUCAGCGGAGCUCGGGCUCCGCGCAGCUCGGCGAGUCGGAGCCAGGAUUCCGGCCGCUCCCGCCGCGGCAACUCGGGCUGGGAGAGGCGGAGCGCGGAGCCCGCGGCGCGGAAGGGAGCGGGAGGUGGCGCGCGCUGCGCCCCUCGCCCCGCGGUUGCAGCCGCCGCCGGACCUGGCGCCUCCAGCAUGGAGUGGGAGCUCAACUUGCUGCUCUACCUGGCUCUCUUCUUCUUUCUGCUCUUCCUACUUUUCCUCCUGCUCUUCGUGGUCAUCAAGCAGCUGAAGAACUCCGUGGCCAGCACGGCCGGGACGCUGCAGCCUGGGCGCCUCUCCCUGCACCGCGAGCCCUGGGGCUUCAACCACGAGCAGGCGGUGUGAACCUCGGUUCUUCCCGCUCCCAGGUGCGGGCUCGGCGGCGCCGGAGAUUUACGUCACCUGGAGAGGAGCUGCUGCUCUUAGCAGGUGCCCCAGCGACUACAGUUCCACUUACUGCCUGGAACCCUGCUAGAAGGCUGGGAGGAUGGGAGAUGGAAGCUCUCUGCAUGUCAGUCUCACUGAUGUCCUGCAGCUUAACCUGCCUCAAGUUUUCCUUGCAGGAGAUCAUAGAGAACUCUGGGUUCCAAGAUGGUUUCUGCAGCUCCCCACAACAAGAAGGAAGACAUGCAGAGGGAAAGCAGAGCCUUCCAGUUCGAAUGCACUUCCUUUUAAAAUUUCUCAGCAGCCCAACUUUUACUUACAUUUUAUUGGCUGAAACUGUGUCACUGGCUGCUACUAUCUGCAAGAUUGCUUGAGCAAUGUAGAUUUUGUAGCUUUCAACCAAAAUCUAAGUUUUCUUGGUAGGAGGGAUUAUGGUAGAUCUUCAGUGAACAACUAGUGGUCUAUGCGCUGGUUAUAAAAUACAGUUGUACAAGAGCAUAAUAUGUAAAACAGAUCAACACAGUAGCUUCCUCACUGGCAAAACAAGCAACACUGCUCAGCUCUGAGUAAGCAGGUUUUCUCAUGCCAGGUUUUCUCAUGAAACACUUGUCAGCACUGACCCCUCUGCCAUUCCCUGCCUCAGGAUUCCCUAGAGCAGGACCCUCAAGACCUGCAUAUUUUCUUGAUGGACAUGAUCUUUAUAUGGAGGUUGAGUAUAGGAUAAAGAAUGUUCUACUUUUCUGCUUCUUCAUGUGCAUCAUUUAUCUCCUCAAUUUUCCUGGCAUUUAGAUUUGGUGGAAUCUAGAGUGUGUAUUUGAUCCUUGUAAAUGACCCUCACUUUCAUACACAAAGUGAGGCAACCUUACUUCCUUCUGCAACCAAUCUAGGAAUAUCCUGGGAAAAGAAUUGCCUCUCAAAGCUGCUUGCACAAGCAGCCUACACUCUGGCUAAGCAAGGGGAGAAGAAACACUUCCCACAUCCAGGGCUGUCCAAAAGAACUUUCUGUGAUGAGAGAAAUGUUCUAUAUCUGCAGUGUCCAAUAUGGCAACCAGUAGUAAACACUUAAAAUGUGUCUAGUAUGACUGAGGAAGUAAAAUGUAGGUUUUAUUGAAUUUUAAUUAUUUUUAUUUUAAAUAGCUACAUCGUGCUAGUGGCUAUUGUACUGGACAGUGCAGUCUACACCUUUCUUUUUAUUGUGUUAUAGAACUUGUGGGAGAGAUAUGGGCCAGUCGUGUUCUUGUGUCCCAUGGUCUUCAUUAUUCUACCUUACCAUUGAACUUGUCUCAGAGUAAAAGUAGCAAUGGUACUUUAGAGCUAAACUCAAGAUGCUAACUUGACAUCUAUACAUUGCACAUUUUCCUAUAACAAAUAGAAUGGUCUUCUGGGAAUAGGUCUUGUGCCUGAUUGUAGUGAUACUUAUUAAUACAAAACAUGGCAGUGCUGGUCCACUAACCUGCUUUGUGACUGUUUGUGUUCCUAGUCAGAGUGAUUUAGCAGAAACUAUUUUGUUUUAGUCAUGCAGUUUAUUCUGUGUUACUUUAUUUUUGUAAUAUUAUGACUGCUAAAUGAUUAUUCUGUGGAUGUUUUUCAAAAUAUGUCAGUGGUUUAUUUUUUUAAAGAGACUGUGAAAUAAAUUAUUAUAUGCAA